ACUAUUACGCACGACCGUUGGAUGGCGUCUGUCAGAUCGCGUCAAUUUGUGCGCCAAUUGAGCUAAACAAGUUUAUUGUUUUUCUUUAUUUUAAAGAGUUUAUUAAAGGUUUGGGUGUCAACAAACAUCGAAUAUCACGCACAAAUGGAGCAGAUGCCGGCCGGCCGCACACGCGCCGCGCUGGCCGAGAUCCCGCUGCGCCUGGACCGCCUGCGCGUGUCGCCUCCCCCCGCCCCGCCGGCGACCGCGGCCGCCCUGGCCGGCACCCGCACGCCACUGGCGCCCCGCACGGCGCCGCUGCAGCCGCUGGCUAACACGAGGCUGACCCCUAAUGCGAGGGAGCGCUCGCCGGCGCUGCCGCCCGGGUACCUCAGCCCGGCGGCUUCGCCGGAUGAGCUGCUGAUACAACAACGAGGUCGCAAGCGGCUCCCGGUAACAUGGUCUCCCGACAUCGAUCUGAAGCGCCAAUCCUUCCACUCAACAGUCCGCACGCCACCCAAGGUCCUCCCCAGCCGUCUGUCCCCGCCCAGGCUCGGCGUCACCCUCCGCUCGACGCCAAGGAAACGCCUCAUCUUAGACGAGAGGAUCCCGCUCACGCCAGAAAAAAUAGAUUUCAGUGACAUCAGCACCCCUCAGAAAUUCAAAAUCACCAGCCCUAUUAAAGGCACACCGCCUAUCAAGCGUCCUCGUAUAGAGAAAACUCUUGAAGCUGAUUUUAAGAGCCCGAUCGAUAUGGCUUUGAAAGGAUUAAGCCCGACACAACUGAUCAACGUCAUUAAAACUAUCACUUACAAACACCCAGAAAUCGAGAAGGAGGUUCGCAUGGAAAUACCUAUUCCGGAUUUAGCGCCGCUCGAAGAACGUUUAAGCUACUUGAAAUCGAACAUAUUUAAAAGCUUACCAUCUUCACGUUUGUCAUCCAAAACUGAUUCGCCGGCGUAUUCGAGGGUUGCUACGCAUUUAGGAGCGUUUAAGAAGUGCGUUAUCGAGCAAGGGAAGACUUUAGUAGAGUCUCAGCACUGGAAUAGUGUAAUGGAUUACGUAUUCCUCGCAUGGAGUUAUGUAAAGGCGACACCAGUGUGGGACCACCAGCCGCACAAUGCGGCAAGAAAACAGUGUUUCAAAGCACUGAUUAACUUUUGCAUGAGUGCCUUAAAGAAGGCUACGUUUGAUAGAGAAUUUCUGGUGGAUGUGCAGGACAAACUGCAGGGCAUGGUUUCUGAUGCUGAGGAAAUACAGUCUUGCCUCAAACAUGUUCAAGGACAACUGCAGGAAUUUUAAGCUGAUGAUAUAGGUACUGCAUAGAGGAGCCACGCACACAAUCGCACGUCAUUUACCGUCAGCAAACCUAUUAGCUUAGCACCCUAGCAUAUAUUUUUAUAUGCAGGCAGCUAAUCGGUUUGCUGGCUGUACAUGGAAAAGGUCUUUAAAAUGUAGAAUUUUUAUUUCCAUGUUUGUUUACUUAUGCGUGUAAUAUUCAUUUAUCAUUCGUUCCAUACACGUCUCUGAAUAGCGAGGACCUAUACUUGUCUCUGCUUAAGUUGUCUAUAAUCUAUUUCUUUUAAGUUUAUCGAUUUAAUAUCUUGCAUUUAUUCGUUCGGGAUUUAGUAAUUGGUCAAAAUGUUUAGAUAAUUAUUUGAUUUUUCAUUAGUUAAUUGAAUGUCGCGAUUAAAUGGUUUUAUUAUUAUUGAACAAUCAAUUUGUAUUAUCUAAUUUUAACUGCCAUAUUUUUGUAUUGUGUUAUUCUUUCUAAACGACUGAUGGUGAUAGGAAUCAAUAAUAUUUUUAUGUGUAAGAUUGUCUUCCAUAGGCGGAAGUUUUAUUGUUUGAUUCUUUUCGAAGCUGUGAAAAUGCCAAAUCUUCAGUCUUAGCAAUAAUCAUAAUUUAGGUUUUUCACAAGAUGGCUCUUACAUGCAUGAUUUGCAAAAUAAAUUUUUGUAACAGUUUUGACCAUCAAUAAAUAUUAGAUGCUCAAGUAAUAUUUGUCAUACAAUUAAGACUGAAAUAUGAUUUUAAUUUCAGUUUUAAGUAAAUGAAAUUGAAAAAUGUGCCUUAAUCUUAAUAUUCUUAAUUAAUGUUUAAAUUGCCUUAAUAUGACGAAAUAUCACUUGAUAUUGUGUAACGGUUUUGUGUUCUAGUGUUAAGUAUUUUUUACGCUUAAUAAAUCGUAUUAAAAAAAA